UUGGUUUGAGAACUUGGGAUGCUUAAUUGGGGUGAUUCUGACUUUCUGGAAAGCUUCUAGGCUUGUCAAUUGAGUCGAGUUUGACGUUUGACGUUUGAUUUAUCACCUACCUAGCUGGUAUUGGCGCCGCCAGCAAUAAUACUCGUCUACGCGAUAUAACGAAAGAUCAAGACGCAUUCGCAACUGACACUCCUCGAAUACAUCUCCCAUCGCGUUCACAAUCGCAAUCAUGGCGCCUCUCAUCCGCGUCAUUGGAUCUCUCAAUGCCGACAUGGUCUCGGUGACUCCGCGCUUCCCCGACCCGGGCGAGACCAUCACCGCAACGUCGUUCUUCACCAGCGCCGGAGGAAAGGGUGCGAACCAAGCUGUCGCAUGUGGACGACUCUCACGACCGCAGCCCUCGUCGACGGCAUCCGUGGCUGCGAAGGAAGAAGUGAAGGUGGAAAUGGUAGGCGCGGUGGGAGGACUAGAUGGACACUUCCAGGCUUUACUACGACCGACGCUGGAGAAGUCCGGACUGGAUACAACAAGGGUGCGAACAAUUAGCGAUGCAUACACGGGAGUUGCGGUCAUUGUGGUGGAUUCUUCUGCUGGCGGAGAGAAUCGCAUCUUCUUCUCCCCCGGGGCGAAUUACUCGGGCAUGCAGCCGAUUCCUGAAGUCGUGGGGACAGCAUUGGCGGCGCCGAUUCCAGAUGUCAUUGUCAUGCAGGGUGAGAUUCCCGUUGAGACUACGAUUGCUAUCUUGCGGGACAUCGCUGCUUGGAAGAAGACUGCGAGAAGCCAAGGCAAGAAGGGCAUUGAGUUGGGGCCGGAUGUCAUUCUCAAUCCGGCACCUGCGCCUCCAGAGGGUCUCCCAGAAGAUGUCUAUGCAGCAGUUGACCACCUGAUUAUGAAUGAGACUGAGGCAGAGCUGAUGACGCCGAAGAAUGAGCAGCUGCUCAAAGUUGUCCCGGACGCGGAGGGUGAAAGUGGUAAGGAGAAGGUGGCGCGAUACUUCCACAAGUUGGGCGUCAGCUUUGUCCUGGUCACACUCGGUGCACAGGGUGUCUGGUACAGUGCCACCGAUCCUGGCCAGUCUGGAGCGGCAGACGGCGUGACCAGAUUCGUCAAUGAAGCCCCCGCAGCGAAGGUAGACAAGGUCGUGGAUACAACAGCAGCUGGAGACACCUUUGCCGGCGCAUAUGCGGUGCAGGUUGCUCGUUGGCGAGAGCAGCGACGCGCAAAGGGCAAGGCUGGGGAAGAUCUGGUGCCUGAGGACAAGAAGGAACGGUAUCAGAGUGCGAUGAGCGACGCCAUAGGAACGGCCACGAGGGCAGCUGCGCGCUGCGUCGAGAGACAGGGUGCCAUGGACAGUAUCCCGUGGCAAGAUGAGAUCUGAAAAGGGUAAUCGGAUGGAAUGAACAUGACGACAGUGAUGUAGAGUAAGGUAUAGUGAGACAUAAUCACCCCUCGUCUUCCUCCAGUAUAUAGAUUAUUAUAUAAUAGAUCAAUUCCUUGCUGCCUCAGGUCCCAGUAUCUAGAAGUCAGGAGCACGAGCUGGGUUAUCAUCCUCGCUCCUUUUGAACGGUAG